GGCAGUGAAAUCUCUUUCCAAGUUACAAGUCCAUUCUCAGCACACGGUGACAACAUGCUGGUGACUCUCUGUGCUCUCAUCACUGCUCUGACAUGUGUGAGUGGUGUGACGGUGCUGACACAGAAACCUGUUUUAUCAGUGAGCAAAGGAGAGACAGCCACCAUGGACUGUAACCUGGGGACUGUUACUAAUAAUGAGGCGCGCUGGUAUAAACAGAUUCCAGGAGGAGUUCCUCAGUAUGUGCUGAGGAUGUAUCAUAGCUGGAGUUCUCCUGAAUAUGGCUCUGGGUUCUCCUCUCCAAAGUUCACAUCCACUCAUCAGUCAACAUCAGAUUAUCGUUUGAUCAUCAACAAUGUGGAGGAGGGAGACUCUGCAGUCCAUUACUGUCAGACAUGGGACAGCUCUGUUAAUGAGUUCUUCUUAGUCCACACUGACAACAUGCUGGUGACUCUCUGUGCUCUCAUCACUGCUCUAACAUGUGUGAGUGGUGUGACGGUGCUGACACAGAAACCUGUUUUAUCAGUGAGGAAAGGAGAGACGGCCACCAUGGACUGUAACCUGGGGACUGUUACUAAUAUUGUUGCCUGGUAUAAACAGACUCCAGGAGGAAGUCCUCAGUGUGAGUGGUGUGACAGUGGUGACUCAGAAACCUCCUGUUUUAUCAGUGAGGAAAGGAGAGACAGCCACUGUAACCUGGGGACUGUUACUAAUGCUGCUGCCUUCUGCCCCUCUCAUCUUUCAGGAUCAGUUUCACCACCUACUAUCAUCAUGCUGGGAACCCUCUGUGCUCUCAUCUCUGCUCUAACAUAUGUUGAUGCAGUGAUAGUGUUGACCCAAACACCUGCUGUCCACACAGUUUCUUCAGGUCAACAAGCUGUUCUCAACUGCAACAUAGAGAGAUAUGAUGGGAAUUAUAUUAACUGGUAUAAACAAGUUCCUGAUUUUGUCCUGACAGUCUUCCCUCCGUCCAGUGCUGAGCUUCAGUCCAACACAGCUUCUCUGGUCUGUCUGUCCAGUCAGUCUGUGAAAUUUGCAGAUGUGAGCUGGUUGGCUGGUGGUAGUCCAGUGAGCAGUGGGAUCUCUACCAGCACUGCUGUUCAGAGACCAGACUUUACUUACCAAAUCAGCAGCUCUCUGACCAUCCAGCCAUCAGACUGGAACAUGGAUAAGGUUUAUACAUGUAAAGUGUCUUUGGGCUCACAGACUUCAGAGAAAACCAUCAAGAAGUCAGAAUGUCCCACUGAAUAGUCGAGGACCCGAAUGUGCAUUUAAAAUCUGCUUCUUUACUGCUUGUCUUUACAUGUUAGAAAUCAGAAUAAAGCAAAAGGUUUAAGUCAUGUAUUCAUUUGCUGGUUUUUAACAAGUAUUUUCAGGAAUUCAUGUUUUGCAUUAAAUUAAUAAAAGCAUUGUUUUAAAAAA